CGAAAUUAAUUUAAAAUUUGUUUAUUCAUUGAAAAGUAGCCGAUAUGAAGUCUUUGACGCUGAUGUGUACCCUAAUCGUGGCUUGUUUGGCAUGGCUAAUCAAUGGCCAGGAGACAGACAUCGUGGUUCUUCGGGCAAUUCGGGGUCGAGAGGCGCGGCUCCCGUGUGGACAGGGAACAGUAUUCCUGGAUGGACCGAACUCUUACGUUCUAUGGUUGAAGGAUGAUCGUGAUUUCCUAUACCGGUUUCCUAAUGAGGAGUACGAACAUAAUCUCAUGAACCCAGACCGGAUCGUGGAGGCCUCUUGUAACCCUGGAUCCUGUCGCGACCAGACUGCGCUGGUAGUGAAGAGAGUGACAAAUCACGACGGAGGACUCUAUCGCUGCCGGGUUCACUAUCAAACGUCCCCGUCAGUUGAUCAUCUGAUCGAACUCCGGGUUAUUGAUUCUCCUGGUGUACCAACGGUAUACAACGGCAACGAAGAAGUCAAAGGUGUAACUGUGGGUCCACUAAGUGUUGGCUCCGACUUAACUCUAUCCUGUCGCGUAAAAAAUAAAGAUCCUGAGAUCGAAGUCUAUUGGCGACGCAAUGGGGUGAUGAUGGAGAGGACACACCUGACCAGGACUGACGUAGUGCAAGCAGACAUACACCUGUACAACCUGACGCGGUCUAAUGCGGAUUCACAUUACGAAUGCUUGGCCCAAAACUCCGACGUAUCAGAGCCUUUGAUUAAAAGCAUUGUUAUAAAAAUGUAUCUUGCUCCACUCAGCGUUCAAAUACGUUUAGAUGAGAAUUACGGCUUCGAGGCUGGAAUUCCACGUCUAGUCGACUGUGUUGUAAUCGGCUGUGUCCCCGCACCUUCCAUCAGUUGGCAUCUUGGAGAUACAUUGCUGAGACCAACCUCUCAUAAGGAGGUCAACGAAGGGAACUAUACGGUGUCGACACUAACCUUAUCGCCUUCCCUCCAAGAAUCACACUACGAACUAAGCUGCCGAGCUCAUAAUUCACACAUGCCUUCGGAACUGUUCCAGGACAAAGUUGUCAUAAACGUUGGAUAUCGGCCCACCUGUCAGACCGGUCGUGUGGAGAGGGUCGGCGCUGUUGUACGAGAGGCAGAGACAGUCCAUUGCAUAGUGGAUGCUUCUCCUGAGCCUUUGCAGUUCACGUGGACUUUUGAGGAUUCGAAAACACUCUAUACGAGCGGAACGAGGAUAUCUACAUAUCGGAACCGGUACUCUUCAAGCCUGACCUGGCUUUCUCGUGGCGGCGAUAUUGGUCUGCUGCAGUGCCGAGCUACCAAUGCUUUUGGGGAACAGAAGAACCCUUGUGUAUUCAAUAUAACUGCUGGCGGACCUCCUGAGACGCCCGACUGUGAUAUCCAACGCACUGUGCCCAACCACCUCGCUGUCCACUGCAGACUUGGUUGGGAUGGAGGACGACCUCAGAAGGUCUAUUUUGAACUGUACGACGAAACUGGCAGACUACUCCGUAAUGUGUCGGAUGCUGUUGGAAAUUAUCACUUGAAGAAUCUACCGGAACACCAGAAUUUUACUGCGGUCUAUUAUGCUGCGAAUACGAGAGGAAAAAGCCAACAAAUUAAAAAAAUACUGAAAUCUUACAGCGAUGUAAUAGCCGAGGAGAAAACAGAACUUGAAAGGAGUAAUGGAAUUGCUAAAAAGUGGAUGCCUUACGUCGAGACACUGGCAGGAAUAGUGACCCUCGGCAUUACGGGGGCAGCCAUCACGUUGGUAGUUAAGAUAUUCUGUGGUAAACGAGACCACGAGGAUUCUAACCCUGACCUGGUACCACGAAACACCAACGGAUGCUUCCACCGAGAACCGGACAUCACGAAGGAGGACAGAUGCUUCGAGUCGACGAACAUUACCGCAAAUCCACUGGCGACAUGCUCCAAUAUGCAGAAUACUCUGCCAUAUUGCCCGCCUACUGUACCUUCAUGUCGCGUGGUGUUAGGCUGCCCUCACGAUAACGAUGACUGUCUUUCUGGUCAGCAGUCAUAUUUCGUGUAAACCUAUCACUCAAGACGGACUGAUCAUGCCGAUAAGGACAACCGACUCGAAUGCCUACCACAACAAAUCAUAUUAGUCAACAGAUGGACAGCGAGACUUAAAUGCACCUCCGAAGUUAAAAAUGUAGUAGAAGUAUUUAACUUCGAGAUUUACCAAAUAUCAAUUAGAUAUAAGUACAUAUUUAUUAUCGUCUUUAAAUCUUUCUACAUGUCCUUCUAAGUUGCUAGAGAAACUAAAGGUGCUUACAUAAAGAAACAUGUCUGUACGGAUAGACAAAUCUGUACGGGUUGGUACGGAUCGGCCCACGUAUAAUAUUUCAAUAUGUUCUAUGCCGCCCAUGCGGUACCUGUUUCUAAAGUGAGUAUACCUGCACCAUUCGGUACUGACCCGUAUAGACUUGUUUAUUUAUGUAUGCACCCUCAUGAAGUAGGAGAGAAGAAAGGGAAAGAAAGAAAGUUUUGAAAACAAUUUCGCUGAGUUAAGAUUAGAUUGAACGCCCAGCUGGACUUUAUACACUAGGCUGAUACGAUGACUGACUUAGGCCCAUAAGUGUAUGGCGAUUCCUUAUUAGGAAGAAGUAAACUAUAGGACUGGUGCUGUAAUAGUGUAUGAGAAAAAUGAGUGAAUAUCUUUGGAUCGUUGUGGUCCGAAAGAAUAAUGAAAGUCAGUUGUUUACUUUCCCUUGCCAACGUUUUAUCUAAGUUUUACAUUUUUGAGUAAUUUGUUCUAUUUCCUGAUGGUACCGUUAUAUGAAAGGUAUCCACGUACGUUUAAGAGUAAUAUGUACCCUACUAGUCAUUACUAUUGUAAUUAUACGUUUAGUAUCCUAUAAGUUUAGUAUAGUAAGUUUAUCUAUCCACGUAUCAAACAUAUCUAU